AUGGCAUCAUUAGUCACCAACUUCUCUGGUUUUGUCCUAUUCUUUCCCAUUGGCAUUCAUCGCUUACUCUCUUCUUCCUCUUUCUAUCUUCAAAAUCCAUCUCACUUCCGAUCUAAGCUCUGGUAUUUCUCCGACCCAAAAUGGAAAAAUCUUGAUCUCUAUCUUCUUCUCAUAGCUUUACCUUUAGCAUCUUUCUCCGAAUUUUUUCUCUUUCUCUCGUUUUCUCACCACCCCACUUACAGAUUCUCAUUCUUCCAGCAAUCAUUCGCUGUUUUAGCUUUCUGGGUCUUGAUCAUAUUGAUCAUUUUGAUUGAAUAUGUUAACUCAUUCUCUGUUACUGAAAGUUUUGUUUUUCUUUUUGGUGGUGUUGUUUUUCUGAUGGAGUAUUCUGUAAUGGAUAAAGGGAUUUCUGGUGUUGCUGGUGUUGUAUAUGGAUUGUUAGGUGGAUUGACUCUUGUAUGUGCUUUUACAUGCUUCUAUCUGGCAGUUAAGCCAACUGCUUUUUUUGCUGAGUUUUUGUUGUCUUCUGGAUUGGUUUUCAAGGGGACUUGGUUGUUGCAAAUUGGGUUUUCUUUGUAUACAAAUACUUUUGGGUUAAAAGGGUGUCAAAAGAUUUCGAUUAUGAGUUUGACACCUCAGAUGGAGAAUGUGGAUAUUCUGUGUGAUCUUGAUGAGGAUAGUUUGAGAGGUGCUGCUAUGAUGGAGCUGUUGUUCAUUUUGCAUGCUAUUGUGGUGUUAAUUUUGGGGUUUGGAUUGUUUGGAGUGUUGGCGAGUAAGAGGAAUUUGAGAUGCGGCGAGGUGAAGGGACCGUUGCUGUCUGAGCUUGAAUCCACAAGUGGGAGGAUGUGUGAUCUCGAGAUGGGGUGA